AAAUCCAACCAUGCCAAUCUCCCAAGAAACAGCAGUACGCUCAGAAGAGCGCCGAAAUACCCCAAUCAUUGACCAACAAGCUCAAGUUGUUUCCGACGCUGCUCCUCUAGCAGCCACCAGUCCGGUCCCUCAGCAGCAAGGUUUUACAGCCGAAACAAACACUGUCGAGGCGCCUAACGAACACCCGCAACAUAGGGGCGUUCCACAGAGGAAGGUGUCGUUCAAGGAACGAGUCAUCGGAGUCGCGCAGAAAACUCGAGGAACGAUACUUGGCAAUCCCGGACUCAAGGAACACGGAGAGGCGAUUCUCGAAGGAAAGACUACGCAUGAGCAUGAUCGCACAUUAUGAUGUUGAAAGACAAGGCCAUCUCUUUGCGUUGACGUGUUUUAAUAUUGUUCAUGAGGAAGAGCGGUAGCUUUGUCGGAUGAUAUUCUUUCUUUUUCCUACUGUACUGUACUGGAGCUUUAAUCACGGAACUUUCCCC